CGACCGGCAAUUUUGUUUGGUGUCACGCGUUUCACUCUCCUGCAAGUUUGCUUUUACGAAUCUAUUGGUACUCACUGUUUACCAUCGAUUUAUCACAACUUCUUGCGUGUGUGCAACUGAAACAAUUGCAACACAUCAAGGCUUCCUUUUCACUCGUGUAGCCACAACUUCUCUAGCUUCCUACAACAGGUGUGCUCGCAUACGACAGGCGGACACUCACAACAAUGUGGAAAAGCAGUCAAGUAUGCUUGAUUGGCGUUGUCAUCGGCUGUCUCUUGGUGUCGGUCGCAAGCCAGAGCGGUGUCCUCUCUGGAGACGACGUGCUUCUCUUACCAACUGAGACAACCAGCGACCCAUUCGACCAGAUACAACUCUCGGAACGAUACGACUGGCGCACCGGACGGUAUAGCCCGUGCUCUGUCACUUGCAUUGGCACCCAGACGCGGGACGUCUAUUGUGUGGAGACCCUCCGAAACGGCAGCGAAAUUCGCGUGGACGAGAACCUCUGCGACAGCUACUCGGUAGUUGUCAAACCCAACUCCGAACGGACAUGCGGCCGGGAGUGUAUCGAGCACGCGUGGAACACAACCUCCUGGUCAAACUGUUCCGCCGUUUGCGGCAACGGAACGCAAACGCGUGGAGUGCGCUGUCGCAGAGUGACGUCGGGAAGGAACGUCGCGGACAGUGAAUGCAUCCGGAGAGGCGUGGGUGGCAAACCGCCGGAGUCUCGAGUGUGCACGAGGGUUUGUUUCUACUCAACAGGAAGGUGGAGGCCAUGCAGUGUGACGUGCGGCGGUGGCAAGAGGACGAGGGGAGUGCGCUGUAUCCGCAAGGGGACGGAUAGAAGCAUGAGUAUUGUCCGUCUCUCACACUGUUCUGCAGACGAAACGUUGACAAUGCCCAAGACAAGUGAAGACUGCAAUAGGAACGUUUGCGGUGAACACAAGUAAGAAUGCAUUUGGUUCAACAACAUCAAUUGUCUGCUGGUGUUCAUAAUUUGCUUUAGCCUCUUUCACAGUCCCUCUUAAUUAAUUAACGCCUGAAGGCUAGUUGCUAGUGUGCCUCUUAACGCGCACAGGCUAGAAUUUAGUGUGCGCGCGUUAAGAGGACGAUGCCUAGCCUGCGCGCGUUAGGAGAGACUGGCUACCGUAUGUUUUG